GUAUUCGGUAGUGGUGCUCUCAGGGGUAGCUUCAGCCACACACCCCCUUUCGUGAGUUGGCCUGAACGCCUGAAUCCUUAGCGAAUCCUACUCAUAUUUAAAUGCCUGUCACUUUCACCUCCUUGUCGGCGCCUUCCAAGAAUCUGUGUAUAUCUUCCCUACGCAUUCUACUAAGGUCCCCCUAUGACCCAUUCUCACUGGUAGCCGGCCAACCCUCCCCAGCUGCCAAAACAACAAGGACACUAUAAAAAAAAAAGAGAGGGGCCCAGAAAAGAAAAGGAAGCAAAAGAACAAACAAAAAAACAGGCGAGCCAUGGCCAGGCAAAGAGUCGGUGCGCCCAAGGCGGCCGCCGCCAAGGCCAGGAACAAGACACCAAGGUACGACGCGAGCGACGCGCCGGCGCCCUUCAAGCCGCCGCCGGACGUGCUGCGGCCCUUCGUCGAGACGCUGGACCGGGCGCACGUGUACGUGGCGCACGUGGACGGGCAGCCGCGGGCGUUCAAGCGGCAGAUCUUCGCGGUGCCGGCGGCCAUGAACGCGUGCGUGGCGGCGCUGCUGGCGUGGCGGGCGUGGGUGAUCGUGCCGUACUACGCGCGGCUCGCGGCGUCGGCGCUCGGGUACGCCAACGAGACGACGCUGGUGGCGGCGGAGCUCGCGUGGGCGGAGCUCGCGCCGGCCGUCGCGGGCCGCGCGGCCUCGUUCCUGCUCGACUUCGUGCUCGCCGUCUUCGUCUGGCCGUGGCCCGCCGACUUCUGCUUCGCCCGCGCCGGCCGCGGCAGCCCCCUCGCCUGGCGCCUCCUCGCCGGCUUCCGCGACCGCGAGGUCGUCGUCCGCCGCAGCCGCCGCUGGCGCCGCGACCUGCGCGACGUCGUCCGCGACGACGACGCCCGCAGCCUCCUCCUCGCCCGCGUCGCCGCCGCUACCGACCCCGCCCUGCUCGCCGAGAAGACCGGCUACCUCCUCAUGAACGCCCACUGGGACCUCGACUGGGCCGCCAUGGUCGACGCCGCCACCAUGGUCGACGACAAGCUCGCCGCCAUCGAGGCCUUCACCACCGUCGUCCUCGUCUUCCACGACGACUACGGCUGGCUCUGCGUCGACACCAAGCUUAAAGGCCGCGGAAAAGUCGAGGCCGGCAGCACCGCGGAGGAGAACGAGAGGCGGCGGCAGGUGCUAGCCUUUCGGGACGCGCUCGCCGCCGUCGGCAAAGAAGACCUUUUUUUCCGCUGGAUCGAGGUCGUCCAGUUCGAAUCAUCGCAGCCGGGCGGCUUCACCGCCGAGAAGCAGGAGAAGGCGGCUAGGGAGAUCAGGGACAUGUUCGACAAGCAGGGCAUCAACUUUGACGAGUUCUGGAAGCAGAGCGUGGGGGCCGAUGCCAACGGGACUGGCCAGCCAGCGGCGUAAUGAAUUUGGACUAGAAAUGGGGUACUAUAGACACAUCGGCGGCGUUUAUGCAUUUAUAUAUACCUACGGCUAUUACAAAUAUGUUCACAGGUUGUUGCAUAGAAUGACGUCCUUUACAUAACCCCGCCGAUCUCGUAUUGCGUUGACGUUGACGUCGGUACACCAAGUUAGCACGACAACAACGCGUAUAAACUUGAGCUUGAUAGCUUCUUGGACCGGGCAACCUAGCUCAUAUCUACCUACCGCUUACAUACUACGCCAGCAUAAAGCUCUAGCGGGGCCUACGGAUAGGUGAGGUGUCACGAGCACACCUCGUACGCCAGAUCCCCUUCAAGCAUCAGCCCGAAUGUUUAACCUCGGGGUAGGCUGACACAAAG